CAACAAAAACGUUGUUUUGUUUUGCAGUUGGUUUUUCCGUCUGUUCUUGAAUGAGUCACACUGAUAAAUUGUUAUGUUUUGUUCUUUUGUUUUCUUUUCAUAGACUGAUCAAAAACGUUGUAAAAUAAUUAUUACAAUUCUUGGCCCAUGGAUAACCAUGGUGAAAAAUAAUAAUGUAUUUGAAACUGUGUUUUAAUUCAUGUCGUCCGCACAAUGGGUGCAUGUGUAACUCGGUGUUAUAAUGAAGCUCGCCGCUGGAGUUGCUGGCAAGGAAAUUCCUCCAUUGAAGAUAGAGAUAGGCUGGUUGAUUUUGACAUGUUUCUUGAUCAUGAACCAGCUCCAAGACCUCUUAGUUUAGCAUCACUUGAGCAAAAAGAAUUAGAUUCUAGUGAUGUUUCUCUUCUGCAUGAUUCUGAAAGUGAAGAUUCAGAUGUUUUAUACCAGCUGGGAUUUGAAAAUGAAGAGGUUGAAUUGCAGGAAGAAGCAGUUGCAAUUGAUGCAUACAAUGAGGCUAUUAAAGUGAAAGAUAUAGCAGAAAAGUCAACUGAAUUAAUAAAUCCAGCUAAACUUGCUGUUGACAACGUUUCCCAUUAUAAUAUAGAGAGGUUUUAUUCUGUGAGUAGCAGGUCUCGUGCCAAUUUUGGAGAUGUUUCCAUCAAUGAGAAACAAAAAAAAGAUGCUAGCUGUAGCAGCCCAACUUCCUCCGUAGAUUUAGAAUGGGAGACUGAGCAAGGCUUAUCCCCAGUCUCUCACAUGCCAGGAAAGGAUGAUAUAUCAUCUGACACUACUGCAAGUUGUGGUUCUAGAGCUUCUACUCCAGUCUCGAAUGGAAAUGAAGAGCUUGAAUGGGAUGGCCAUUUCACUAGUACACAAAUUAGCCAGCUUGAUAUGGAAACGGAACGUUUAAUAACAGAAAUUGAACUUUUAACUACUGGUGCACUUCAAGAGCAAACAUCUAACAGGUGACCGAAAUAAUAAAGCAAUACUAUCAUUUCUAAAUCAUCAUUUAGGGAUCUAAAGCAAAUUUCACUACAUUCUAUAACUUAUUUCAUUAAGCAAUACAGAACUCCUAUCAGUAUGAAGAAAACAAAGUGUCUACUUUCUUUAAAUUGUAUAAAUCAGAAACUAACAACACUGUUUUUCAAGCCUUCAUGAACUGUGAUUAAAAUUAUUUAUCAAAGCUCUUCCAAAAUAUAAAAAUUGUCAUAUUUUAACGUGCUUAUUUUGUGCUCAAUUCCUUCUCAAGUAAUUCAUUGUAAAUGCUUUAACAAGAAACUUUUUCUUGAGUAUAUCCUUUUAACACUUUGACUUUAAAUGAUACUUCACUCUAUAAUUAAUUUCAAUAAUUUUGAAAAUUUACUUUAGUAUAAUGUUUUUUUUAUGCAUAUAAUAUUUAUUUUGAAAGCA